CGUCAUGCGUGAACAGCUGGGCUUGAGCAAUAACUGAAAAUGUGGAAGAGCAUAGCGACAUAAAAUUGCAUGCGUGAUAUGCGGAGGUGAACACUCAGUUCAUCAUGAUGUGGCGACUCAACGCUUCGGGACUGGAUCGGGACCGAUUGCAUCUCCUGUUGAUUGUUCACACCUAUCUCUGCUGUCUCGGAGACUGCCUUUACGUGACGGACUAUUUCACCCGUACUCCUCGGAAACUGAAUGCUUUCCGGUCAUUUGCCAGCGUGGAGCUGUUCCACUUCAAUGUGCCUGACGACACUGUGGUCGCUGUCUGGAACCUUAUCACGUUCAAGGAGCAGGGUGGCACGUUUGGAGACAGCUGUCCUGACCGCAACGUCACCGUGUAUUUCCGAUCCGGGGCCCCACCCGUAAUAAAUCCCCUCCAUACUCGAUUUCCCCAUGACACCAUGGUCCCCAGUGUGUUUGCAGUCACCCUAACAUGGACGCUACCCAACAGGACAACUGGAGUCUUCAACGUCACCAGUCCCCUUCCUGGGGACUGGUUUUUAGCUGCACAUUUACCAAAGGAUGAGGGGAAGAUUUCUGUCAAGGGACUCUACGAGGAAUGUCAAUACCUCUUUCAACCACAGCUCAUUGUCCAGAGGCUAAUUGGUAUUUCAGUGCUGUACCCUGGAUACUUCAUAGAUCAGAUGAUCCCAGUUCACAACAGAUCAGUACUAUACAAGAUAUUCGUUCCUAACUACAUCUCCCAGCUAAAAGUGCAGCUGGCUGACUGUAGCACGAGGAACAAAAGUACAGAGAGCUGCCCUUUGCUGCUGAAGAUCAGAGCCAGGGCACCCCCACUUCACAACUCUUCUUCUGUGGACUGCCAAGAGCAGAGCAUCUGUGAGCUGGAUAUGCCCCUGCACUCCUGGGAGCAAUGGUACUACAUCCUUGUGGAGAGGUACCUCGGUAAUGUCGACGUCUACUUCCGCAUCAGAGUCCGGGUCAAAGAUUGCUCCAAAGCUUCCGUACUAAAGGGAUCCUCAGCCUUCAAUAUGCCGCAGUCAUACGGCAACGCUAUGGGCACCUCGUCGUCAGAGGCCCUGCCCGUUUCGGGCCUGCCCAGUUUGUCCUGGAACGGCUCAGCACAGAACCCCUUCCUUCUCUCCGGGGACGGCAUGGCCUACCUCGGCCUCAUCACAGACACCUCCAAGUGCUGGCCCAUCCAGCCGACCCUACGCAACGAGCUGGACACAUUCUCAGUGCACUUCUACAUCUUCUUCGGGCCUAACAUCUCCGUGCCCCCUGACAGGGCCACUGUGUUCGCCAUUAACCUCAUGCCUGUCCUGGACAGUGGAGGAGUCCUCAACAUGGAGGUCCGCCUCAACGUGUCUUCAUUGAAAGAGGAGAACAUCACAGUAUUUGGCUGUCUGAAUCACGGAAUGCCCUUUUCAUUACCAGAUAACUCCACAACCAAAUGCAAAUCAGAGUCUGUCACUGGGUUUGCCCUCUCUGUCAAUGGCACCUCCAAUGUUACAAAACUGAGGAUUCCGUACCCACAGACGGGCACCUGGUACUUAAGUCUGCGCUCACUCUGUGCCACUGAACAUGGGUUUCAAGCAUGCCGCAAUGUAACAGCAGAGGUUUACCUACGUACCUACCUCACUCCCUGUAUAAAUGACUGUGGGACGUAUGGACAAUGUAAACUCCUCCGCACCAACAACUACCUGUAUGCAGCUUGUGAAUGUAAAGCAGGCUGGGAAGGCUGGGGAUGCACGGAUAAUUCGGAGGCAUACUCCUACGGCUUCCAGCUGCUGUCCACCCUGCUUCUGUGUCUCAGCAACCUGAUGUUCGUCCCUCCUGUGGCCAUCGCCAUCCGCAGCCACUAUCUGCUGGAGGCCUCUGUCUACAUCUUCACCAUGUUCUUCUCUACUUUCUACCACGCGUGUGACCAGCCAGGUAUUGUGGUCUUCUGUAUCAUGGAGUAUGACGUCCUGCAGUUCUGUGACUUUCUGGGGUCACUCAUGUCAGUGUGGGUCACAGUCAUCGCCAUGGCUAGACUCAAGUCUGUCAUCAAACAGGUGCUGUACUUGCUGGGGGCAAUGUUACUGUCCAUGGCACUGCAGCUAGACAGACAUGGCCUUUGGAACCUCUUGGGACCCAGCCUCUUUGCCCUGGGGAUCAUGACCAUUGCUUGGACUCUUCGCACUAUCCGGAGACGGCGCUGCUACCCACCCACCUGGAAGCGUUGGGUGUUCUACCUCUUCCCGGGGAUCAUGAUUGCCACCUCCGCUGUGGCCCUCUACGCCUUUGUGGAGACGGAGGAGAACUACUUCUACAUCCACAGCAUCUGGCACAUGCUGAUCGCCGGCAGCGUGGGCUUCCUGCUCCCGCCCCGCGCCAAGCCAACCACAAAGGUGCCGCCAAUGCAGAGGAGGAGAGGAUGCGGCUACCAGCUGUGCAUCAACGAAAAUGAAGAGAUGGGCCCGGUGGACCCAGUCAUCGUCACAAUCAACAGCAUCUGUACAAGCUGAUACUCUCACAGCCACAGACAGUUUAUUGCCUUCUUUUACCUUGGAAACAAGCCAGAGAAUUUGAAACGUGAAGUCAAUUGAGAAAAAAAAUAUAUAUCUUAUUUUAAUAUCCUUAUAAUUUAUAUCAUGGAUAUUAUUAAUAUUUUGGAUGCUGAUUUUUGGUGUGUACAAUGAAGCCCUGUUGUUUUAACGAAUUGUCAUUUCUUAAAUUUUGGUGAACACUGCUGCUAAUUCAUAGUGACUUUGUAAUUGUUGUAUACUUUACUUACUGUUUGCCAAAAAACUAAAACUUGGGCUCAAUCAUCACUUGUCUUUACUGACAACUAUUAUUAUAACAAGUGUUAUUUUUUCUUGACAAAUGUAGUUUGGCUAUUUCUGCAAAAACAGAUAAUAUUGUUAUAAAUCGUAUUUGCAAUGAAGAAUGUGACACUUGUGCUCACAUGGAUUUACCAGUUAAAGUCAAGGACAGAUGUUGAUGGAAUCUAGGGGUAUGUAUUUAAUUUUAUUUGGUUUAUGAAACAAAAGAAAGUAAAAAAAUAAAUUUCUGAAUAAAUGUAUAUUUUGCACUCAGAUACAAAAAUGUGAACCUGUACAUUUUUAUAAAUAUAUGUAACCAUAAUUAAGUUAAACAGCAAGAACUAGUCAUAUUAUGUGGUGUGUUUUGCAGUUAGUUGCACUUUAUUUACUUUGUGAUAUAUUAAUCUAGUUGUUUUAUAUGGAAAAGGGAAGGAAAGCAGCUAUACAUUUAUUUCAAUUAAUUUUUUCUUCUGUUACCAACUGGAGAAAUCCAGUAAUGGAACAGUGGGUGUGAAUUAAUUACAUGUAACCUGUGUGUAUUCCUGUUUUAAGAGAAUGCAGGUGUGUUUAUUACACACAUAAAAACGUCAAUGCAACUCAGUUUGUUAGCAAGUGUGCUAAAACAUGGUCCAUGUACUGCAACACCGGCAGGGUGGUAGGACAAGGAGACAAACUGUCCACUCUGAAAUCAGAGCAAUGUAACCUGGUAAAUAAAUGAAAAACUCUCCUAACGGUCUAGAUAGUGGGUCAUUCGCAAAAACCAAGGGGUUACAGAACAUUUAGAAUGUGUAUUUUUACAUUCAAAAUAGAAAGUCUUUGUUCAAUUUAGAAUGUACAUUAAUAAAAGUUUAAGUUCUAGGAAAGUGAGUAUGGGAAGUAAGUAUGAAUUUUUAUCACUUUUUAAAUGUUACAGCAGUGUAACAUUAUACCAAAUUUAAUGUUUUUUUUUUUCCUGGAAUGUGUAUUAAUGCUUAAUUCCACAUGGAUUUUAACAAUUCCAAAUAUGAAAGAAUGUCUUGUUUGUAGUGUAAAAUUUGUUUUUAUGUUUAAAAUACACA